AUGGAGUCUGGCAGGGAUUGUAGUUUUGAUUGUGAGACAUUUGUGGAUUUCAGACCUGAAGCUCUGAAGACGACUCUGGUGAAAGCAGUGGAGAAAGGUCAUCUGGAGCAGACCACAGGAAAAGGAGCUCAGGGGACGUUCCAGCUGAAGUGUGGGGGAAACAAGCCUCAGGUGAAGGGCAGCGUGCUUGAAGAAGCCAUCACUGCUGCCAUCACGGCCAUGAACGAACCCAAAACCUGCAGCACCACGCUGCUGCUGGAUUCCCACAAAGACAUGAAGGAGCACCACCUGAUGGCCACUCUUCGGAGAACCCUGAAGAAGUGUAAAGUUCUGGGCUGGAUGGAGCAGAUCACGGGUCACGGCUUCACUGGGACCUACCAGCUCUCAUUCCCGUAUUAUCCAAGUCCCAACACUCUGUUCCUGGAUACGUUCAAGGAGCCGGCGAAGACCCCAACCAAACGCCGGAGGACGGUUGACGCGUCGGAUGAGGAGGAAGAAUCUGAGGAAAAGGAAGAUUCAUCUGAGGAUGGAGCCCCGCCUCCAACGAGGUGAACGCAUCAGAUGCUU